AUGAAUCCAUUGGUUUUGAAACCUUUAACACCACCUUCGUUUGAUGAAGAUCAUCUUCAUGGUCGAAAAGAUGUAAGAGAUGAAGAAGUCUAUCGACUCAAACAAAGAGUUAACCAACUAGAGUUUUUAAAUGGGAUGAUGAAAUCAAAGAUUUCGAGAUUAGAAUCGGCUGAUUCUAAGAGAGUUUCUUGGGAUGGAAGUUGUGGGACUACUGCUGUUGGUAGGAAUAGGUUGGAUGAUGAUGAGAUUAGAAGUAGGAGAAGUUCGGGUAGGAUGCAGGUUGGUAUUGAAGCUGGAGAAAGAGAGGGGAAUGGAGAAGGGAUGGGAUCUGCUUGGUGA